GUAUUAUAUCCUGCACCAGUACUGCCCAGCGGAUGCUGCUCUCGAGGAUAGGGCGCUGUCGAUCAGGAGAGUGAACUUAUCGCGGAUGCAGGACGCCAACGGUCCGAGCCCGCAGGAGGACGACUCCUUAUAAGUCACAUGUGGCCAUACGGGAAGCCGAACGGGACAAUAAUCCGCGAACCAGCGGAUUUUGGAGGGGCUCACGUGACAGGAAUGGGUCUGUCGAAAGAUGGGAUGCAUCUCGUCUUGAGCGUAACCAAUGGGGACCCAAAAGUAAUGCGGGGCAAUGGAACCAUAUCUGGUCACCAAAAUCGCUCCAGGUUCACAUCUUUGUCGCUCGCUGACGGCUCUCGGUCGUCCUCCGACCCUUUAAGCACAUUGGUCCAGGCGUGGGCGUUAGAGUCUAACAAGCGUUUUCUUUACUAUUUGCAAUCUGAUUCCGUAUUAAUUAACGUCACCGUUAAUGAUGUUGGGCUUCCAAACGGCCCUCUGAACCAAGUAUCCCGUUCGGGCAUCGAAACGGUUAUCGAUCCUGACGAGGAGUUCCAAUCAGGAAGCCUUCUCCCUGACGGCAGUUGCCUUUACUCCGUGACUUCUGAUAACAGGUUGUUCGGGACAGAGCUUGGGGAUGGAUAUUUCGUCCACUCUACAGUUGCAGACUCUUACAUUCCUUUCCUCGGGAAAGAGAUGGACGUGGUUGCAACGCCAUACAUUAAUCACGUCAAUCUCAUUCAGCUCACUGGUUACUGCCAGGAGGGCAACCAAUGCAUCUUGGUGUACCCUUCCUUCAGAGGCGGAUGCUUGCACGAGCGGCUGUUCCCUCACACUGCUAACCAGAGGGAACUCGCAGAGGAUUCUCCUCCGCCGCUCACUCUCCACGAGCGCAUGAGCAUUGCCUUCCAGAUUGCCAGGGGACUCCAGUACCUACACGAUGAUGCCAAGCCUCCCAUCAUUCAUCGGGACAUCAAGAGCAGCAACGUCCUGCUUGGCGAUGACUGUGGCGACAAACUUUACGUAGUCCUCGCAGACUUCGGAUUGGCGGCCAUCGGGGAGAGGGUGCUGGACACAGGGCACGACCACGUUGUGAUCACAUCGCACAAUGGUGGCACCUUCGGGUACAUGCGUCUUCGCGUCUACUCUGCCCGGGAGCGAUUGGUCACAGUCUAUUUGAUGGCAAUAGCAGCAGCCACUAUGGUGUGUGGCUGUUAUCUGGUCCUCUUGUGCACAGCGUGCCGGGGAUCAGCUCAUAGAACCGGGCUUAGGAGCUUUGCCUCCAAACACAGCUGGCACGCGGGUGAUCGCCUCCUUCAGGAAUCGACAUGUGUGGCUCCAGCAGCACCGCAGGAAAACCGGCAGGUAGAUUAUUCUGCGUAUGUAAACGUUUACAUCACGCGCGUGAAGUUGCAUACCCCGCGGGCGAAUGAGACGGCGGGGAAAUGUUGCCAGUCAGUAAUUACGGACCUGGUGGUCGGUUCGGGUGAAUUGUAUUACAUCGUGCACCAAUACUGCGAAUCGGAUCAUGGUACUCUCGAGGAUCGGGCGUUGUCGAUUAGGAGACUGAACUUAACGCAGGUGCAGGACGCCAACGGUCCGAGCCCGCAGGAGGACGACUCCUUGAUAAGUCACAUGUGGCCAUACGGGAAGCCGAACGGGACAAUAAUCCGCGAACCAGCGGAUUUUGGAGAUGCUCACGUGACAGGAAUGGGUCUGUCGAAAGAUAGGAUGCAUCUCAUCUUGAGCGUAACCAAUGGGCACCCAAAAGUAAUGCGGCGCAAUGGUGCCAUAUCUGGUGACAAAAAUCGCUCCAGGUUCACAUCUUUGUCGCUCGCUGACGGCUCUCGGUCGUCCUCCGGCCCUUUGAGCAAAUUGGUCAAGGCGUGGGCGUUAGAGUCUAACAAGAGUUUUCCUUACUAUUUGCGAUCUGAUUCCGUAUUAAUUAACAUCACCGUUAAUGAUGUUGGGCUUCCAAACGGCCCUCUGAACCGGGUACCCCCCCAAUUGGGCAUCCAACCGGUUGAAACGGCUAUCGAUCCUGACGAGGAGUUCCAAUCUGGAAGCCUUCUCCCAGACGGCAGUUGCCUUUACUCCGUGUCUUCUAAUAACAGGUUGUUCGGGAGAGAGCUUGGGGAUGGAUAUUUCGUCCCUUCUACAGUUGCAGACCCUUACGUUCCUUUCUUCGGGAAAGAGAUGGACGUGGUUGCAACGCCUCAAGGUUGUCGCGUGUUCACAGCCGAUCGCAAAACAGUUGCGGUCUUCAUGCUCGUGAGAUCGACCGAAAGGACAUGCGGCUGGAUGUCAGCCAUGUCGUCACUCCCACCUUAUUUCGACCAAGCGGAAGUUACGGGAUUGGCACUUGGUGACCACAGCGACAGCUUAAGCCUCUUUUGCAUCUUGGUGUACCCGUACUUCAGAGGCGGAUGCCUGCACGAGCGGCUGUUCCCUCACACUGCUAACCAGAGGGAACUCGCAGAGGAUUCCCCUCCGCCGCUCACUCUCCAGGAGCGCAUGAGCAUUGCCUUCCAGAUUGCCAGGGGGCUCCAAUACCUACACGAUGAUGCCAAGCCUCCCAUCAUUCAUUGGGACAUCAAGAGCAGCAACGUCCUGCUUGGCGAUGGUUGUGGGGACAAAAUUUACGUAGUCGUGGCUGAUUUCGGACUGGCGGCCAUCGGGGAGAGGGUGCUGGACACAGGGCACGACCACGUUGUGAUCACAUCGCACAUUGGUGGCACCUUCGGGUACAUGUCGCAGGAGUCCAUGCUGAGGGGCGAGCUGUCCGAGAAGAAUGAUGUGUACUCCUUUGGGGUUCUUGUACUGGAGCUGCUGACGGGAAGGAAGGUGGUCACACGGGCGCCGUCUGGGGUGGGAUGGCAGACACUGAUGGCGGGAGACUCUACGACGCCGAUGGUGAUGAGCGCUUUUAGAGUGGCGUGGGAAUGUGUCCAUGAGGAUUAUGGGUCAAGGCCGGCAAUGCGAGCUAUUGCGGAGCCCUUCCACAACAUGCUUCUCGAUGUAGGAUGGGACUUCUUGAUCAGAACAAUGGACAUGGAGCACCUUCUGGCGAUGUCAGAGGCAGAGGAUACCAUCUGCAAGAACGAUGAUGCUGAGUCACAAGAGCAUCACGAAGUGCUCCUAGAGUGAGGGAAAGGAUGAGAACUGUAAGAUUUUUAACUCUUUUUUUGUAAAUAUAUAUAUGAAUUCAUUUAACUGGAAGGUGAAAGUCACUGUGCCGGCCAAGACCUGAAACUGCUAAUAUUUCGAUGUGUGGAACAUUCAUUAGAUUCAGCGAAAGGUAUCUUAGAGCAAGACCGGGUAUGCACUGGACGUCUUGCCAUUGGCUGUCGCGGCACUGUAGCGUUGGGUUUGUAGUAGUUGUCACCAACUGCACAUUCUGGUGCUGAAUCUUCUCAAUUUGAACGACAGACUUUAAUAGUUUUGAAUUAACUGCGACGGUCAGAGAGCAUCUCACGAAUCAAAGAGUUAAAAAAAAAAAAUCAAAUAAUCAAAGAGUUCAGAAGUC